AUGAGGAACAGAACGCACGAAACAAAGGAUAGGGAGCUUCGUGGGAGCUCUGCCAUUGCCAAUGCUGUCACCGAAAUCGGGCCAGAUUCAUCGCAUGGAGAAGAGAUACCCACAGAGAAUCAGAUUAGGAUAGAAGAAGGUAUUGAAAGUAGCUCUGAAUUAGGUGGUGUUACAUGGGAAGAAAAUUUUGAUCGUUAUCAUGAGAUGGUUGUUGAUGCUUUGCAACCUGAGUUUCACAUGUACAUGCAACCAACAGUGGAGGAACCAAAUCGAGAUGCUAAGAGAUUUUAUGACCUCUUAGAUUCAGUUAGUAAACCCUUGUGGGAAAAUUGUAUCCAUUCACGAUUGUCACUUGCCAGUAGGAUGCUGAGUAUAAAAUCAGAGGGAAACCAAUCCCAGGGAUCUUUUGACCAGUGGGCAACUUUGUUUAGAGAAAUGCAAACAACUCAAAAUGAAAUUCCUGCUAAUUACUAUGAAGCUAAGAAAAUUGUUUCCCAACUUGGGUUUAAGGAGGUUAAGAUAGAUUGUUGUGUCAAUGGUUGUAUGAUAUAUUACAAAGAGGACAAAGAUCUUAGACAAUGUAAAUUUUAUGGGGAGCAGAGAUUUAAGCCUAGGAAGGGAAAAAAUAAAGAGGUGCCAUAUAAAAAAAUGCAUUAUUUGCCAUUGAUUCCAAGGCUACAAAGGUUGUAUGCAUCAAUGAGUACUGCCCCUCAUAUGUUGUGGCAUCACCAAAAUCGCAGAAAUGACGACGUAAUGACACAUCCUUCCCAUGGUGAAGCAUGGAAACAUUUUGAUACCAGGCAUCCUCAUUUUGCAAGCGAACCGCGUAAUGUUAGCCUUGGACUUUGUUCUGAUGGGUUUUCUCCUAAUGUUCAUUUUAGCACACCGUACUCUUGUUGGCAUGUUAUAGUUACCCCUUAUAACCUUCCACCUCAUAUGUGUAUGAAAGACCCUUUUUUGUUCCUAACGUGCAUCAUACCCGGAAAAGAAAAUCCCAAAGCAAAAAUUGAUGUUUAUCUUCAACCAUUGAUAGAUGAACUUAAAGAGUUAUGGGAUGAAGGCGUCCUAACAUACGACAUUCAUAGCAAGAGGAAUUUUCAGUUAAAGGUUGCAUUAAUGUGGACAAUUAACGAUUUUCCUGCUUAUGGAAUGUUGUCUGGUUGGAGUACAGGGGGAAGAUUAGCAUGUCUAGUAUGCAUGGAGGAUACCAAGGCCUUUUGGUUAGAUUAUGGCGGAAAGAAUUCGUGGUUUGACUGUCACAGGAGAUAUUUACCUGAAGGUCAUCCUUAUAGGCGUAAUAAAGUUAGUUUUAAGAAGAAUGUUGAGGAGGAUGAAGAACCUCCUAUUAGGCUUAGUGGUGAACAGAAUAUUUUUGAUAACAUAAUGAAUACCGUUAUGGAUACUGAAAGAACAAAGGACAAUGAAAAGGCAAGGUUAGACAUGGCUGUGCUUUGUAAGCGACCAGAUUUGAAUUUGGUGCAGGUACGCGAAGGUCAUUGGGCAAAGCCUAAGGGCAACUAUGUCUUGACACUCCAACAACGAAAAAAUGUUUGUAAAUGGGUACAAGAGUUGAAAAUGCCAGAUGGAUAUGUUUUAAAUUUACAAAGGUGUGUUGAUGUCAAGGGAGGAAAAUUGUUUGGGAUGAAAACUCAUGAUUGUCAUGUAUUUAUGGAGUGUUUGCUUCCGUUAGCCUUCAAAGAGUUGCCAGACCACGUGUGGAAACCGUUGACCGAAAUAAGUCAAUAUUUUAGGGACCUUUGUUCAUCUACUCUUCGGGUUAGCGAUCUUGUACAAAUGGAAGCUAAUAUUCCUGUUAUUUUGUGCAAGUUAGAAAGAAUUUUUCCACCUGCCUUUUUCGACGUAAUGGAGCAUCUACCAGUUCACUUGGCAUAUGAGGCACGUGUUUGUGGACCAGCUCAGUUUAGGUGGAUGUAUCUAUUUGAGCAUGAAAUAGGCACGUAUAAGAGAUCAGUGAAGAAUCGGGCUAGAGUAGAGGGUUCAAUUUGUCAAGCAUACCUGGCUAGAGAGACAUCAAGUUAUUGUUCUUAUUACUUUGAGCCACAUGUCAUGUCUAAGAGAACAAGGCCGAAUCGGAAUGAUGAUGGUGGUGUAAGUUCAUCUGAGCCUACCCUUUCUAUUUUUUAUCAACCGGGUGUUCCUGGGGGAGCCAACAAAGACAGAUGGUUAACUAGUAUGGAAAUGAAAGCCGCUCACUUACAUAUCUUGUUGAAUUGUCCUGAAGUUGAUACAUUUAGAAGUAAAUACGAGCAGAUCCAUGGGAGCAAUAAUUCUUUAUCCAACUUUCCAUCAUGGUUCCAUGAGCAUGUAAAAAAUCCCAGUAAUGGCAUAACUUGUCCUCAUUUAUUAAGUUUAGCCUUCGGGCCAAAAACUAGGGCCACGAGUGUUGGUAUGUUCAAGGUUAACGGGUAUAGAUUUCAUACUCCUGAGCAUGCAUCUGGAAAGAAGACAGAUAAUACAGGCAUAUAUGUUAAAGGUGAUGGAGGGAAUGAUGCAUCUGAUUGGUACGACAUUCUUAAAGAGAUUUUGAUUGUUGAAUAUCCAAGUCUUAUUAGUUUAAGAGUCACCUUGUUUUACUGUGAGUGGAUCAUUUCAGAAACCGAGUUUCCACCAUCAUUAGCAUCUACGUCAGGAGAUGUUGAUAUGAUACAACUUCAAGUAGCUGACCUCCAGGUUCCUAACGUAAAUAAUGAGGAGGACGACGACAUUGAGAACUAUGAUGACGAUGAUGCUUACAUUGAUGAUGAUGGAAGUUCAGAAUUCUCGGAUUGA